CGGGCUGGGGGGGGGGGGUGGGAAACGAAGGCUCCCGGCCUGAGGAAACGCCGCCGCCAUGAGCGUGGAGGCGUACGGCCCCAGCUCGCAGACCCUCACCUUCCUGGACACCGAGGAGGCCGAGCUGCUCGGCGCCGACACGCAGGGCUCCGAGUUCGAGUUCACCGACUUCACCCUCCCCAGCCAGACCCAGACCCCGCCCGGGCCCGGCCAGGCGGGGCCGGCGCAGGGCCAGGGGCCCCCGGGCGCGGGGCAGGGCGCUCCGGGCCCGCUGGAAGCGCAGGUGAAUGGCCCUGAUGGGAUCCUGCAGAAUGGAGCUGUGGAUGAGAACGUGGCCAAGACCAGCCAGCUCCUGGCAGAGCUCAACUUUGAGGAGGACGAGGAGGACACCUACUACACCAAGGACCUGCCUGUGCACGCCUGCAGCUACUGUGGGAUCCACGACCCUGCCUGUGUGGUUUACUGCAACACCAGCAAGAAAUGGUUCUGCAACGGCCGUGGGAACACCUCUGGCAGCCACAUUGUGAACCACCUGGUGAGAGCCAAGUGCAAGGAGGUGACGCUGCACAAGGACGGGCCCCUGGGAGAGACGGUGCUGGAGUGCUACAACUGCGGCUGCCGCAACGUCUUCCUGCUGGGCUUCAUCCCAGCCAAGGCUGACUCCGUGGUGGUUCUGCUCUGCAGGCAGCCCUGUGCCAGCCAGAGCAGCUUGAAGGACAUCAACUGGGACAGCUCCCAGUGGCAGCCCCUGAUCCAGGACCGCUGCUUCCUCUCGUGGCUGGUGAAGAUCCCCUCAGAGCAGGAGCAGCUCCGUGCCCGCCAGAUCACGGCCCAGCAGAUCAACAAGCUGGAGGAGCUCUGGAAGGAAAAUCCAUCUGCAACCCUCGAAGACUUGGAAAAACCUGGCGUUGAUGAGGAACCCCAGCAUGUCCUGCUUAGAUAUGAAGAUGCUUAUCAAUACCAAAAUAUAUUUGGUCCUCUGGUCAAGCUUGAGGCAGAUUAUGACAAGAAACUCAAGGAAUCUCAGACCCAAGAUAACAUCACAGUCAGGUGGGACCUGGGCUUGAACAAGAAGAGAAUUGCUUAUUUCACUUUGCCAAAGACUGAUUCAGACAUGCGCCUCAUGCAGGGAGAUGAGAUCUGUCUGAGGUACAAGGGAGACCUGGCCCCCCUCUGGAAAGGAAUUGGGCACGUGAUCAAAGUUCCUGACAGUUCUACAGAUUAUGGUGAUGAGAUCGCCAUCGAGCUGAGGAGCAGCGUGGGAGCUCCCGUGGAGGUCACCCACAACUUCCAGGUGGAUUUUGUGUGGAAAUCCACUUCCUUUGACAGGAUGCAGAGUGCUCUGAAAACGUUUGCAGUGGACGAGACCUCGGUGUCUGGGUACAUUUACCACAAACUGCUGGGCCAUGAGGUGGAAGAUGUCAUCAUCAAAUGCCAGCUGCCAAAACGCUUCACAGCCCAGGGACUCCCUGAUCUCAACCACUCUCAGGUUUAUGCUGUCAAGACCGUCCUGCAGCGUCCUCUGAGCCUUAUCCAGGGUCCCCCUGGCACUGGGAAAACAGUGACAUCAGCCACCAUCGUGUAUCACCUGGCCAGGCAGGGCAACGGGCCUGUGCUGGUGUGUGCCCCCAGCAACAUCGCUGUGGAUCAGCUGACAGAGAAGAUCCACCAGACUGGCCUCAAGGUGGUUCGUCUGUGUGCCAAGAGCCGCGAGGCCAUCGACUCCCCCGUGUCCUUCCUGGCCCUGCACAACCAGAUCAGGAACAUGGACAGCAUGCCAGAGCUUCAGAAACUGCAGCAGCUCAAGGAUGAGACUGGAGAACUUUCCUCUGCUGAUGAGAAGCGUUACCGGGCGCUGAAACGCACGGCGGAGCGGGAGCUGCUCAUGAACGCCGAUGUGAUCUGCUGCACGUGUGUGGGAGCUGGGGACCCCCGGCUGGCCAAGAUGCAGUUCCGCUCCAUCCUCAUCGACGAGAGCACGCAGGCCACCGAGCCCGAGUGCAUGGUGCCCGUGGUGCUGGGGGCAAAGCAGCUGAUCCUGGUGGGUGACCACUGCCAGCUGGGCCCUGUGGUGAUGUGCAAGAAGGCAGCCAAGGCUGGGCUGUCGCAGUCGCUGUUUGAGAGGCUGGUGGUGCUGGGCAUCCGGCCCAUCCGGCUGCAGGUGCAGUACCGCAUGCACCCCGCGCUCAGCGCCUUCCCCUCCAACAUCUUCUACGAGGGCUCGCUGCAGAACGGGGUCACUGCAGCUGACAGGGUGAAGAAAGGCUUUGAUUUCCAGUGGCCCCAGCCUGACAAGCCCAUGUUCUUCUACGUGACCCAGGGCCAGGAGGAGAUUGCCAGCUCAGGCACCUCUUACCUGAACAGGACCGAGGCUGCCAACGUGGAGAAGAUCACCACCAAGCUGCUCAAGGCUGGGGCCAAGCCCGACCAGAUCGGCAUCAUCACCCCCUACGAGGGCCAGCGCUCCUACCUGGUGCAGUACAUGCAGUUCAGUGGCUCCCUGCACACCAAGCUCUACCAGGAAGUGGAAAUUGCCAGUGUGGACGCCUUCCAGGGCAGGGAGAAGGAUUUCAUCAUCCUGUCCUGUGUGAGGGCCAACGAGCACCAGGGCAUCGGCUUCCUCAACGACCCCCGGAGGCUGAACGUGGCCCUGACCAGAGCCAGGUACGGGGUGAUCAUUGUGGGGAACCCCAAGGCCCUGUCCAAGCAGCCCCUCUGGAAUCACCUCCUGAAUUACUACAAGGAGCAGAAGGUGCUGGUGGAGGGGCCCCUGAACAACCUGAGGGAGAGCCUGAUGCAGUUCAGCAAACCCCGCAAGCUCGUCAACACCAUCAACCCUGGUGCCCGUUUCAUGACCACUGCCAUGUAUGAUGCACGCGAGGCCAUCAUCCCCGGCUCUGUCUACGACCGCAGCAGCCAAGGGCGUCCAUCCAACAUGUACUUCCAGACCCACGACCAGAUUGGGAUGAUCAGUGCUGGCCCCAGCCACGUCACUGCCAUGAACAUUCCCAUCCCCUUCAACCUCGUCAUGCCCCCCAUGCCGCCCCCGGGCUACUUCGGCCAGGCCAACGGCCCCGCUGCAGGCCGUGGGGCUCCCAAAGGGAAGACGGGCCGCGGCGGGCGGCAGAAGAACCGCUUUGGGAUCCCUGGCGCCAGCCAGUCCAACCUGCCCAACAGCCAGGCCAGCCAGGACGUGGUGUCCCAGCCCUUCUCGCAGGGCCCCCUGACCCAGGGCUACAUCUCCAUGAGCCAGCCCUCUCAGAUGAGCCAGCCUGGGCUCUCCCAGCCGGAAUUAUCCCAGGACAGUUACCUUGGUGAUGAGUUUAAAUCCCAGAUUGACGUGGCGCUGUCACAGGACUCAACUUACCAGGGGGAACGAGCUUAUCAACAUGGUGGAGUGACGGGACUGUCACAGUAUUAGAGUGUUGAGGAAGAAGAGCUAAGCUUGUGUGGAGCUUAGUUCAUCAGCAUUUUAUUCUGGGUAAUAAAAAAAAUAAAAUAAAAUGGAUACCUGU